UCACAGGAAUUCGGGGACGCGAGUGAACACGCUCCCCAGGCGGAUCUGGAAGAGGAAACAUGCCACGACUUGACCGAGGAAUUCUGGGAUGCAAGUGAACAUGCUCCCUGGGAGAAUCUGGAAGAGGCAACAUUCCACGACUUGACUGAGUCACAGGAAUUCGGGGACGCGAGUGAACACGGUUUCACUGAGGACCUGCCAGUCAACCCAGCUUGUGACAAGACAGAGGAGACUCCAUGUGCCUCCAAGGAAAGAUUUUUUUCCUUUUUUCUGGUCUGA